UUUUCGCAAUACUUUUCAAUGUCAUUCGAUGCCAGCAAUAAAGGAAAUAUGAAAAUGUACCCAUUUUGUGUUCAGUAUUUGUCAGAAAUUGGAGUCAAAAAAGGUACAUUAAUUUAAUUCUUUUUUUUCCCCCAAUGCCAAAAAUGUUUGAUUAUCUUUUUAGGUAUCGUUGAUUUUAUUGAUGAUGCAAGUGAGUCAGCUACGAAUGUACACAAAAAUGCACGUGAAGUAUUGAAAAAACAUCAUUUAAAUGUGCAAAAUUUGACCACAAUCGGUGUUGAUAACACAAAUGUAAAUGUCGGAGAGCAGCACAGUGUAUACAAAUUAUUUCGUGACGAAUUUUCAGAUCUAAUUAAAGGAUCUUGUUAUAAUCACAUAUUGUACAACAGCGUCAAACAAGCACAUAAACUAUUGACCAUUGAUGUUGAAAAAAUUUUAUUAUCUAUUUAUGCACAUUUCUCCCGAUCUGCAAAACGAAUUGAAGAAUUAAAAACAUACUAUGAGUUUUACGAACAAGAUUAUCUGAAAACCAGUUUACAACUUCAACGCAGCUACACAACUGCAGUGGAUCUUCAUCGUUUGAUUACAUCGUUAAAAUUUGAACUGCAACAACGAUUAGAUUCAUCAUUUUUUGGUUCAGUGCCAUCUCAUUUAUUCGACGCAAUUAGUCCAUUUGGUUCUCCAGAAAUAGACCGUUUGACAUGGCAACAAGUUAUUGAGUGUACUGAACGAUUAAAACUAAAAACGCUAAAUGAAGAUCAAUUGUUUGACGAGUUUAAUGGUAUUCAAUUGACGUUUAAAGCCACCAAAGAUAAGAAAAUUCCACUUUACGAUCAAAUUCAAGCUUUCAUCAGUCAAAAAACUGGUCCACAGAAUACCGAAAUGAAAACAAUUUCGUCGUCUUCUUCUUCAUCGUCAUCACAAAAAAGCGUAUUUUCUCAAAUGAAAUAUCUUGUCGAUGAUCGUCGAAAUCGUAUGUCAACUGAAUUAAUCUCGGCGGAACUGAAAAUACGUCUAAAUGCACAGAUCUCAUGCUCAGAUAUCUACAGUUAUUCAUUAUCGAAGCCAGAUUUAUUAAAAUCAGUACAUUCAGUUGAGAAAUAUUCGUUUAAAAAACAGCGGGUUGAAUAA